UAAUAGGCUGCGUUCCUCUUGGAAUGCGCAGCAGAACCAGGGAAGUAGUGACGACUGCGGCGUUCGCUGCCUCAGUCCACUCGCCACUCCGCCGCUCUCCGCCGCUGCACCGCGCAAACCCGCCCCUUUCCUGUGCCAGGAACUGACUGGCACGAUGCCCUACCAAUACCCAGCACUGACUCCGGAGCAAAAGAAGGAGCUGUCUGACAUUGCUCAGCGCAUUGUGGCUCCGGGCAAGGGCAUCCUGGCUGCAGAUGAGUCCACUGGGAGCAUUGCCAAGCGGUUGCAGUCCAUUGGCACUGAGAAUACCGAGGAGAACCGACGCUUCUACCGCCAGCUGCUGCUCACUGCCGAUGACCGCGUGAAUCCCUGCAUUGGGGGUGUCAUCCUCUUCCAUGAGACACUCUAUCAGAAGACAGAUGAUGGGCGUCCCUUCCCCCAAGUUAUCAAAUCCAAGGGUGGUGUCGUGGGCAUCAAGGUAGAUAAGGGCGUGGUACCCCUGGCAGGAACAAAUGGCGAGACUACUACCCAAGGGCUGGAUGGGCUGUCUGAGCGCUGUGCCCAGUACAAGAAGGAUGGAGCUGACUUUGCCAAGUGGCGCUGUGUGCUAAAGAUUGGGGAACACACCCCCUCAGCCCUUGCCAUCAUGGAAAAUGCCAACGUUCUGGCCCGUUAUGCCAGCAUCUGCCAGCAGAAUGGUAUUGUGCCCAUUGUGGAGCCUGAGAUCCUCCCCGAUGGGGACCAUGACUUGAAGCGCUGUCAGUACGUAACUGAAAAGGUGCUGGCUGCUGUCUACAAGGCCCUGAGUGACCACCACAUCUACCUGGAAGGCACCUUGCUGAAGCCCAAUAUGGUCACCCCAGGCCAUGCCUGUACCCAGAAAUUUUCUAACGAGGAGAUUGCCAUGGCAACUGUUACCGCACUGCGCCGCACAGUGCCCCCUGCUGUCCCUGGGAUCACCUUCCUAUCUGGAGGUCAGAGUGAGGAGGAGGCGUCCAUCAACCUCAAUGCAAUCAACAAGUGCCCCCUGUUGAAGCCAUGGGCCCUGACCUUCUCCUAUGGUCGAGCCCUACAGGCCUCUGCCCUGAAGGCCUGGGGUGGAAAGAAGGAGAAUCUGAAGGCUGCCCAGGAGGAAUAUGUCAAACGAGCACUGGCCAACAGCCUCGCCUGCCAAGGCAAGUACACUCCAAGCGGUCAGGCCGGGGCUGCAGCCAGCCAGUCCCUCUUCAUCUCCAACCAUGCCUACUAAACAGAGGUGUUCCAAGGCUGCCCCCUCAACACUCCAGGCCCUGCCCCCUCCCACACUCACUCCUGAAGAGGGGGCCUCAUCAGGGGCUGCAGGCUGUUUCCCAUCCUUGCCUCCUUUGUGACAUUGGUGCGUGGUGUUGUCUGCGUAUGCUAACUCCAGUGCUCUUUCCAGCCCACUGCCAAUAAACAGCUAUUUAAGGGGGAGUUCUUGGCCAUGUUUAUAGUGUCUGGGUCAGGGGAGGGCCCAGGGAGGUGGCAGAGUCCAGAAGAAAGAACCCUUCUUUUAUUUCUUUUUUUCUUAGGCAGGAAAAAGGUGAAGGGGUGGGGUAGGCAUUUCCUGCUUUGUUUUAUAAUUGCGGAGGGCUUGUGGAAUAUUCUUCCAACUACCAAUGUCUCUUAUCCCUUCUACCAGCAGCGUCAGAUAAUAAUUGGAGUGUGUAUAACUGCUAAGUUGUAUGAGGCUGCAGGGUCAGUCUCUCUUCUAUAUCUAGAACUCACAGGUGCAAGAGGUCCCUGUGACAAAAUAACCAGUGACAAAAGUCAAGAUUUCCUGAGUCUAUGAGCCAGGCAACAUAAGUGUUCUAUAUGGGUAUGUGCUGUUAUUCCCAAUUUACGCUUAAGGCUUUAUUGCUGGAGAUUGUAUUGUUUCUGGAUGGAAACAAGAUUAUUAAUCCAUAUCUCAAUCUACACUGUUGAGCUUGUCCAUUUUCCCAUCUUAAUGGAAAAUCAGAUUAGAACUGGCUUCUUAGUCUUCUUGGGCAGUGGAACCCCUUGAAGAACCUGGAAUCCUCUCCAACAUCUCAACAAUGCAGACACAAACACAGAACUCAGGUUCCAACUUAAGAACUGAGCCUCUAGCCCUGGCUGGUAUGGCUCAGUGAAUUGAGCACUGUCCUGUGCACCGAAAGUCGCCGGUUCAAUCUCCAGUCAGGGUACAUGCCUGGGUUGUCCGGCAGAUCCCCAAUAGGGGGCAUAAGAGGCAGCCACACACUGAUGUUUCUCUCCCUCUCUUUCUCCCUCCUUUUCCCCGUCUAAAAAUAAAUAAAUGAAAAAUCUUUGAAAAAGAAAGAA